UGUGCUUCUCUAUCAGCCAAUUUCAGUGUGUUGCUUGCCCACAUGGUUUAAAUUCCAAUUCCAGAGAAAUUGUGAGGUUACAAAGCAGCUUGCAAACCUCCAACACCUCGUUGCUAAAGUUUUAUCUCAGAAAUUUUUCAGCCAUGGGGCGGUCUAAGAAAGGGCGCUGUGUAAAGCGCAACAAACAGAUUAAUACCGAAGAAUCUUCGGAUUUAGUACAAGCUCCUCAUUCUUUUGUUAUACAACGUGGACUACCUGGUGGACAUAUUCUAGAGUUGACUAAGGAUUUUCGAAGAGUCAUGGAACCUUUUACAGCAGCAUCUUUGAAAGCUCGCAGACGAAAUACCAUCAAAGAUUUUGUAUCUGUUGCUGGUGUUUUACAUGUUUCACACCUGUGCAUUUUUACAAGAACAGAACUUGGAAUGUACCUCAAACUUUGUAGGAUACCAAGAGGCCCAACAUUGUCAUUCAAAAUAACAAGUUUCUCGUUAGCUAGAGACGUUGUUUCAACAUUGAAGAAACAAUUAGUGUUUGAGGAAGCCUUCAAGCACUCUCCACUGAUUGUAUUGAAUAAUUUUAGCGGGGAAGGAAUGCAGAUGAAACUGAUGACCUCUAUGUUUCAGAAUAUGUUUCCAACCAUUAAUCUUACCACUGUGAACCUUAGUACAAUACGUCGUUGUGUUUGUCUUAAUUACAAUAGCACGACAAAAUUAAUUGACUUUAGGCAUUACGCUAUUAAAAUGGUACCAGUUGGAUUAUCACGAGGAGUGAAAAAGUUGGUUCAGGCCAAAGUACCAAACCUAUCAAAAUGUGACGACAUUUCAGAGUUCCUUACAAAACCUACAUUCUCCGAAAGUGAAGCAGAAGAAGAUCCUACUAGUCAUGUUACACUACCACAGAAAUUAUCUUCUCGAGGAAAUCACGAGAGUGGUACAAGCGCGAUAAGGCUUGUAGAACUAGGACCUCGAAUUACCAUGCAGCUAAUGAAAGUAGAAGAUGGAUUGUUGGAUGGUGAGGUACUGUUCCAUGAAUUGGUACAUAAAACAGAGGAGGAGAAACUUAAGAUACAGAAGAGCCGUGAGGUGAAGAAAAAACUGAAAGAAAACCGGAAAAAGAUACAGGAAGAAAAUAAAAUGAAAAAAGAAACGAAGAAAGAAGAAAAUAAACAGAAAAGUCUCAAGGGCAUGAAAAAACAAAAGUUAGAGAGCGAUUUACUUAUGCAAAAAGCCGCAAAAGAGUCAUAUGAAGGUAACGAAGUGGAAGACGAUGACGAUGCGCAGUAUUAUAGGGAAGAAGUUGGUCAAGAACCUGAUAAAGAUCUAUUUGAGGGAAGACCAAAAGCUGGCCAAAAGAGACACAAUUCGAACCCAGGCAAAUAUGACACCAAGAAAUUGAAGCUUGAUAGGAAUUUCAAAAAUAACGAUGACAAACAUAACAAGUUCGGGAACAGAAACAACAAAUUCAACAACAGAGAUAAUAAGUCUGGAAACAGAAACAACAAAUUCGGCAACACAAAUAAACAAGAUGAAGGUAAGUAUGGUCACAAGCAAAAAAAUAAAUUUGGUGUGCGAGAUGGUGGUAUGAGGCAAAGGGGAAAUAAAACGUUCAAUAAAGGAAGGGGGUCUGGGCGAAAUAAUAGCAGGACGAAAAGGAGGUGAAACUAGAACAUGAACAAGACAUGAAUUGUAAUGAAAAUUUAAUAAAAUCAUUUUUAUAACUAAAAUAUACACAGUUGUUGCGAGUCUAGGAUGUCUCCAGUUUACAGGCAAUCAAAUCUCAACCCUUCAGUGUGAAAAAUUAAACGUAGUGAGGGGUUGGAGGUGUUUCGAAAACUUAAAAUAUAUCGUUUUUACAUAGCAUUGAAGACAAAAAAAAUUACGAAAAUACAAUGGCAACUUUAUUUCUGGAAUUGCUUAGGCUCGCAGAUAAUAAUAAAGUAAGUUGCAGGCUAAUAUAAUUAUCACAUGUAUAUGUAACGUAAUCACGUCAAUAUACCAAGUUAUUCUUGGAUAUAUAACAAUAACUUCUGAUUUUUUUUUUUUGCCAAAUAAUCACUGCAACGAGUCUUUUUUGCUCAUAGCAGUAGACAUGUAUAUUAAAUAAAAUUGAUAGUUAAACUUG